UACACCUGAUUGAGCUGCGGUGUUCAGCUAUGCGUUUUUCCUACGUAGGCUUUCCCACAUGAACAGGUGAUGAGAUAGAUUACUCCCUUUGUCUUGCAUGAGAUGAUACCCCUCACAGGGACUUUUCGACCCGUAUGUGGGUGUCUGAAGAAGGAUGUUUUUGUAGUGCUGUUGCACUUUGUGCAUGCGCCAUAUUUGUAUCUUUUAUUUGGAAUGGGUGUCUGAGUGGGCUCAGGUCAGAUCUCACUAAGCUAUCCCCAAUAUUGCGACCACGCUUACAGUUCACAAGAAACGGUAUUAUUGUUCACUCUGAUUGGUCGAGGACCUACAACACCGCCUCUGUCGUACCUUGAUUGGCUUGAUGAAUGCACAGGAAUGCUGCCAUUGGUCUCUUCAACACCUCUACUGUUUUCCCACUGUUUUGUGGCAUUUGCUAAGGAGCUCCGUUGAACUAAAGAAGCUAACGUUAGCUAGAAAACAACACACUAGGAUAAAGACUUGGAGACAAAAUGGCAUCAGACUCCCCGCGCAGACCAAGCCGCUGUGCUGGAGGGGUUGUGGUGCGAGCACAAGCUGCCACUGAGCAGUCGUAUAUGGAGAGUGUUGUGACCUUCCUCCAAGAUGUGGUCCCUCAGGCAUACACAGGUGCACCCCCAACUGAUGAAAAAGAGAAAAUAGUUUGGGUCAGAUUUGAGAAAGCUGACCUCAAUGAUACGUCCCGCUCCCCUGAGUUCCUGGAGAUGCACAGUGGCAGCAGUGACCCUCCUCUUUGCCUCAUGAUUGGUUAUGCCGACGGGAUGCAAAUCUGGAGCAUAUCCCUGGGUGGGGAGGCCCAGGAGCUUUUCUCUGUGCGCCACGGACCUGUGAGAGCUGCCCACAUCCUGCCGGCGCCCCAUAUCAGUCCGCUGAUGAUUGAUGGUUUUGCGGACAAGAGGCCUCUCCUGGGGGUGUGCAAGAGCACUGGGUCCUUGGGGACGAGCCCCCCAUACUGCUGUGUGGACCUGUACUCUCUGAAGACAGGGGAGAUGGUCAAGUCCAUCCAGUUCAAGACGCCCAUCUAUGACCUACACUGCAACAAGGAGAUUCUAGUUGUCGCCCUGCAGGAGAAGAUUGCUGCAUUCGACAGCUGUACCUUCACCAAAAAGUUCUUUGUUACAAGCUGCUUUCCCUGUCCGGGCCCCAACCUAAACCCUAUAGCACUGGGAGGACGCUGGCUAGCCUACGCUGAGAACAAGUUGAUCCGGUGUCACCAGUCUCGAGGCGGUGCCUGCGGGGACAAUGCCCAGUCUUACACAGCUACAGUCAUCAGCGCUGCUAAAACCCUAAAGACUGGUCUCACCAUGGUGGGAAAGGUGGUGACCCAGCUAGCUGGUACUCUACCCACUGGUGCCCCCGACGAGGAGGGUGCUACCCCCCACAGCACCACUCGCCGAAGCCCCCAUGCCCCCGGAGUAAUCACCGUCAUUGACACACACAACGUCGGAGAGGGACAGGUCCUGGUGAGUGAGGACUCAGAUGGAGAGGGAGUGGUGGCCCACUUCCCAGCCCAUGACAAACCCAUAUCCUGCAUGGAAUUCAACCCCAGCGGUAUGCUGCUGGUGACUGCAGACACCCUGGGCCAUGACUUCCAUGUGUUCCAUGUCCUCACACACCCCUGGGCCUCUAACCAGUCUGCUGUCCACCACCUCUACACACUGCACCGCGGAGAGACUGAGGCCAAGGUCCAGGACAUCUGUUUCAGCCAGGACAGUCGCUGGGUGGUGAUCAGCACACUGCGUGGCACCUCCCACGUCUUUCCCAUCAACCCCUACGGUGGCACGCCCUGCACCCGCACACACAUGUCCCCCCGCGUGGUCAACCGCAUGUCUCGCUUCCAGAAGAGUGCAGGGCUUGAGGAGAUAGAGAAUGAACUGAACAUCAAGCAGGCUGGAGGAGGGAGAUGCAGCCCCAUCCCCGGGCUCUCCAGCAGCCCCUCGGGGUCCCCACUACACGCUAAACUCACCAGCCAGGAGUCGUACAACAACUUCACCAACAACAACAUGGGUAACCCUCGUCUGUCCCCUCUGCCCAGCCUCACCAUAGUGCUGCCCCUGGCACAGAUCAAACAGCCCAUGACCCUGGGCACCAUGACCAAGCGCUCCGGACCUUACCUCUUUGGGGCAGGAUGUUUUGCCAUUAAAACUCCAUGCAAAGCCAAGCCUCCCCCCCAGAUCUCCCCCAGUAAGUCUUGUGGAGGAGAGUUCUGUGUGGCUGCUGUCUUUGCUGCCUCACGCUCCUGGUACAUGACCAACCCCAACAUGAAGAGAGAGAAAGAUCAGUCCAGCCGGUCAGUGGUGGAGUCCCUCUAUAUCCUCAGUUGCUAUGGCACCCUAGUGGAGCAUGUCCUGGAGCCUCGGCCAAUCAGCACAGCCCAGAAGAUCAGCGAUGACACACCCCUGGAGCUCAACACAUGUCCACGGGCCUGCUGGAGCCUGGCCAGGACUCCACUGUGGAAUGAGCUGCAGCCUCCCUUUCUCUCCAACCACCCUCUGGUGCUGGCAUCUGACCUGGUGCAGUGUUACCAAUACCUCCUGGCUGGAUUGGUGCCCCCUGGAAGCCCGGGUCCUGUCACGCGCCACGAGUCUUACGACAGCCUGCCGUCGGACCACAGCGGACAGGAGGACGAGGAGUGGCUCUCACAGGUGGAGAUAGUCACUCACACAGGGCCUCACCGUCGGCUGUGGAUGGGUCCUCAGUUCCAGUUUAAGACCAUCCACCCAUCUGGUCAGACUACGGUCAUCUCCUCCUCCUCCUCCGUGCUGCAGUCCCAGGGCCCCAGCGACAUUCAACAGCCUCUGUUAGACUUCCACACUGAUGACCUGGACCUUCACAGUCUCAGGAUCCAGCCGGUGCGUUCUGAGCCGGUCAGCAUGCCUGGUUCCUCUCGGCUGGUGGCUGAACGCAGGGGACAGGGGACGGUCAUUGAUACAGGAUCAGGGACGUUUGACCGCAGUGUGACCCUGCUGGAGGUGUGUGGCAGCUGGCCAGAGAGCUUUGGCCUGCGUCACAUGAGCUCGGUGGAAUCCACCGAGGAGGAGCUGAGAGAGAGGCUGGCAGACGCCAUGUCAGAGUCACCAUCCAGAGACAUUGUGGGCUCUGCUACCGAGCUCCAGAGGGAGGGCAGUAUUGAGACUCUUAGCAACAGCUCUGGCUCCACCAGCGGCUCCAUCCCUCGUAACUUUGAGGGUUACCGCUCUCCACUGCCCACCAACGAGAGCCAGCCCCUCAGCCUCUUCCCCUCCGGAUUCCCCUAGAAGAGACUAGGAGACAGCCUGCCUACCACCCUACAAGACCUGCGGUCAAAUACUAUUUUAAGUCUUUCAAAUGCUUUGAGCGUUUGCUUUAGUCUGCCUGGGGUGCCUGGUGGGAGGGGGCUACAUUUUACAACUAUUCUAUUGAGUCCAACUAUUCUAUUGAUUCCAGACAAGCUCAAUAAAGCCCAGAUAAAGUAUUUGAACCCAGGUCUGAGGCCAUGUUGAUGUUCAUUAGGAUGUUAUUGUGAGCAGUGAUUCCCUUUUCAUGUUCCCUCCUCUCUCUUUCCAAAUCCAGGAACUGUCCAGUGUUACUCUCACCUACCGAUGUGUUUGUGUUUCUGUCUGUGUGUGUGUCUGUGUGUGUGUGUGUGGGGGGUGAUGUGUCACAUGGCGUGUGUUUCAUUUUGGGUGUGUGUGCUGCUCCGUGUGUGUGUUGUUUGCCUGUGUGUAUGAGUAGUGAGAGAGAAGGCAGAGUGCAUUGAGUGAACAGUUUGUGACUCAGUCCCUCUGUGUGUGUGUGUGUGUGUGUGUGUGUGUGUGUGUGUGUGUGUGCGUGCGUGCGUGCGUGCGUGCGUGCGUAUGUGCGAAUAAAAAGUGCCCUGAUGAUUUUGUGUGAGUCACAAAAUGCACCCUAUUCCCAAUAUAGUGCACUAUAAAGGGAUAAGGCUGCAAUUUGGAAUGCAAACCACCUCUAGGUAGAUACAUUUUUGGGGGCUUUUAGUGACAGAAACAGGCUCAAAACAAAAUGUUUGUUGCUGAUUAGUUUACUGCUCAUUUGAAAUAGUUGAAGUUUGUUAUUUAGCUAGACAUGUUUUUAUGGAGUUGAUUAACUACGUGUCACUUUGACUUUUUCACAAGCUUGUAAAUGGUGAUGGACCUAAUGUAGCUGUAGUUGUUUUACUUCUGAAGAUAACGACCUAGCUCAGCAUGCGAGCUGUAAUGUAUAUUAGCUUUGUGUCACGUUCCUGACCUGUUUUCUGUUGUUUUGUAUGUGUGUGAUGGUCAGGGCGUGAGUUUUGGGUGGGCAGUCUAUGUUUUCUGUUUCUAUGUUGGUUUUGGGUUGCCUGGUAUGGCUCUUAAUUAGAGGCAGGUGUUUUGCGUUUUCCUCUAAUUGAGAGUCAUAUUAAGGUAGGUUGUUCUCACUUUGUUUGUGGGUGAUUGUCUCCUGUGUCAGUGUCUGUAUGUUACGCCACACGGGACUGUUCCGGUUUUUGUUAGUUCGUUCGUUUUAUGUAGUCUGUUUUCCUGGUUCAUGCGUUCUUCAAGUUGUAUGUAAGUUCGUGUCCAGGUCUGUCUACAUUCGUUUAUUUGUUUUGUAAUUAUUCAAGUGUUUGUCGUGUUUUUCCAUUUUGUCUAUUAAAUCAUUAUGUAUUCACAACCCGCUGCAUUUUGGUCAAAUCCCUGCUACUCCUCUUCGGAUGAGGAGAAGGAGGAAGCCCGUUACACUUUGCUUAUUAAGACCAAAUCACUUCCAUGUAUGGUUUUCUCUUAAUUUGGUAACUUUGAUGGUUUCGAUGGGUAUCUUUUUAGUUUGUUGAGUCGAGUGUCUUCUGAUGAUUUCAUCUUGCUUUGAUUAUGAUUUUCUUUUUCUAUUUUGCAACAAAAAACAGAGGUUUGUGCUUUAACAAAAGAAAAGGCUUAUUCCUUACUUGCGUGCAGACACACACACCUCAAACACACCCCAAACACAAACACACACUUGUACGCUGAGUAACUACUUUGCCAGCUUUUCUUAGUGAAUGAGUCAUUGCUAGACUUGACCAGACCACAUAGGACUUGAUAUGAAGUGUGAUCUGAUGCACUAGUGAGAACAGAAAGAUAGACUCACCUUUGAGACUUAAAACAGGUUCUAAAUAUUUGGUCACUGAUUUUGUAUUCAGUGUUUGUCAACAUUUUAAUUUUAAAACACGAUACAAUCCUAGUCCUUUGUCUGGGGAAUGGAUGUCUGGUUGACUACACGGGUAUGUUCAGAAAAAUGCUACGUUACAGGACUUUCAGGUAGAAAUACAUUUUAUAGAACAUGUGACUCCUCUCUGUCCUGUAGGAAAAGGAGUCAUUACAGAUCUAUAUAUUACAUUUCUAUCUGCAAUGUUCGGAAUGUUUCACCCUACUCAACACAGCCAUGUUCCCGUAAUUCUGCAUGUUGAAUGAGUCGAUGGCUACUGCUGCUUGGUCACUGGACAAUGUAACAUAAAAGAGGCAUGAUGAAUUUAUUCAUUUUAAUGCGGAACACAUGCUUUGUAAUACAUUUUUACUAAUAUUGGUUUUGUAAAUUAAAUGUAUUGAUGUGUUAUCACCCCUGGAUACUCAAUGAUUUCAUAUAUGCUAAAUAAAUAUAACACCUGCAUAGUCAUUGUUUCAAUCACGUGAACAAAAGUUAUCAGCAAGUGCUUUUGUAAAUGUAAAGUGACUUCUCGUUUAAUUUAAAGACAAUAAAUAAACCACACCAAAGCCA